AUGAAAGUAUACUCAAUGCCAAGUGUUAUGGGAAGAUGUCAACACACAGACUGGGAUGCAUGCGAAAUGUUUCGACUUCAAGAGCUAAACGAGGCUCGUCAACGAGCUGCACAAAUGGAAAAAACUAUGAGAUGGUGGUCAGAAUGCACAGCUUCAUGGAGACAGAAGUGGAGUAGUGUUAGAAACGAAAGAAACAAGGCAAGAGAAGAAGCUCAUUCCUUAAGAGAUGCUCUGGAAAUUGCUAAUGUAAGUUAG